CAUGUAUCGAACCGUGGUCGGGUCGUUUGAUAUUUCCCUUAAUUGACGGCUGGAGGGGAGUCGUCCUCGAUCUCCUUCCUCUCUUCGUUCCUCUCCAUGGCUUCCCUCGACACCGACGUCGACAUGGUUCCGGCCGGCGAGGGGUCGAGCAGCGGGGCUACCGGGUCGUCCUCCUUGACCCCUUCCACUUCCUCAAAGAAGCCGAAAAGGUUCGAGAUUAAAAAGUGGAACGCUGUCGCCCUCUGGGCCUGGGAUAUCGUGGUGGACAACUGUGCUAUCUGUAGGAACCACAUCAUGGAUCUUUGCAUCGAGUGUCAGGCUAAUCAGGCGAGUGCGACCAGUGAGGAGUGCACAGUGGCUUGGGGGGUCUGCAAUCAUGCUUUCCAUUUCCAUUGCAUCAGCCGAUGGCUCAAGACUCGUCAAGUUUGCCCCCUCGACAAUAGCGAGUGGGAGUUCCAGAAAUAUGGGCACUAGAUUACUUGUCAUUGCCGCAUAAUCCGGAUCGACAGUUUGGAUUUUGCAUUAUGAUCAUCCAGUUAAACACUACUAUUAUCUUAUAUCAUGCGAGUUAGCUACAAAAUUGUCAGAUUCUUAAUAUCGCUCACUGUUAUCUUUCUCUAUUCUAUUCCACUUUCGUGGCAUGACUAUUAUACCCGUUCAAGGAAACUAAGUUUUAAGCUUAUUUCUACUA